UCGGAACCUCAUAUUGAAUGUCCUACAAAUGGCAGACAGGACUGGAUGCGCUUUUCAAGUCGUGGUGUGUCCUUUGGUGGUUUUUCGGCCUUGUGCGACCUUGGAAUGAUAGAUUUCCCAGUUCCAUGCAAAUUUUCUGAAACGCGUCACGAAAUUUUUGUAAAAAUUUCUGCAGUCCCUGUUUCUGGCUAGCCUGAUUGGCUCAAGAGAUUAAAUGAGUACCUUAUCAGUGAGGACCUUUCCGGUUAGCCAGCACUUUUUGCAGUUUCUCUUGCUCUUUGUGGUGUCUUAUUGCAAUCAUGAUCGAAUCAAAUGAAGAAUACCAGUUUUUGCAGCACCUGCUCCAGCAUGUAAAGGAGAAGUCAGAUCAGGAACAUCUUUCAACACUCAGAGGAACCAUUUUGGCAAGAAUGAAAACUAUAAAGAAUCGGUUCCAAGACAGAUUAAGCAAUCUGCCAGUAGAGCUUAUCAUUCGCAUUGGCUAUUGGACGGCAUUGAUAGAUCCAAAGGCACUGGUGGCCUACACGCAAGUGAAUCGACUCAUCCGCACUGUCACAAGCCGAAGCGAGCAUCAUCUUUGGCAGGCUGCUCUGUUUCAUCAUUUUCCGUCGAAUCACAAGGUGCAGCAGACAGAUUGUAAAGCGGCAUACUGGGUAAACCAUAAUUGGGUUCAGUUGAUGGCGAGACAAGAAACAUGGGCCCCACCCAAUCCAGCCAAAAAUACUGGACACACUCACGUCCGUCGAUGCGAUGCAACGACUGAGAAAGGUACAACGGUUUCACUGGCCAAGAAUGCCGCAGGUCGGACGGAAUUGAAGGAGAAAAACAUCAGCAUCGAUCAAGCAUCUUUAUCGACGACGCGAUCGUCUGGGAUGAAGAAUGGUCUAUUUAGUCGGAAAACGCUCACUUGUGGCACGGUACAAUACACGCACUGUAUCGCUGUGCCAGGUACGCCGUGGAUGAUUGCCUGUGAUCGAUGGGAUCCUAUGCGAGGCGCGCUGUGGAUUCUCCAGCCACAAGGUGAUCAAUAUCGAGUACUGAAACGCCUACGUGGUCAUCGUGAUCUGGUUUCGGCCAUGGUGGCCACCGAGGAGGUGGUCGUGACAGCAUCACUCGAUGGUUCCAUCAUUGUUUGGGAUAUUGCUUCCACGUCGGAGAUGAUCAUUCACCGAUACACGCUUCGAGGCCACCAAGGCUGGGUGAAUGCAUUAGCUAUGGAAGGUCAUGUGGUUGUCAGUGGUGGAUCGGAUGACACGGUACGAAAAUGGGAUGUCGAAACCGGCCAAUUGUUGGCUGUCUACCGAGAUUUCUUUGAGUUGGCAGAUUUCUGGAUUUGGGAUUUUGUCGGUAUGUAUCCUUGAUGGGCAAAUUGGUAUCGGAUCCGUGUUUGGACCCUUUUACGUAUUGGACGCACAAGGCCAAAUUGUAUUGCGACUAGACGAACGGUUGACGUAUUCGGAGCAUGUACGCUAUGAUCAAGCGCUGCAUCAAAUGCAUGCGACAUGUAUCCGGCUUUUGUCGGAAACCAUUGUGACAAGUUCACGCUGCAAUGAUCGUUUGUGUGUGUGGAACCGAAAGG